AUGGACAAGUAUUUACGAGGAAAAUACUCGAAUUCACUGACAAAUGAUAAUGAACCUAGCACAAGUAGUGCUGUAAAAAACAGAAGAUUUUUGAAAGAAAAAACGCCACCCAAACCAGAAUGCAUCAUCUGUGGAGAAAUGCUACCUAACGAAGCAAUGGUACCCAGUAAACUGCUUCGCCAUCUCAAUUCAAACCAUCGCAGUUACGCUAAGAAGGAUAAAUCAUUUUUUCUUAGGCUGUUAGAUCAAAGGCGAAAACAAAGGCAAUCACUGUUAUCGUCAGUCACAGUUUCUGAUAAAAUGUUAGAAACUAGUUACCAUGUUGCAAGAUUAAUUGCACGUCAGAAAAAACCACAUACUAUUGGUGAGACACUCGUUAAACCAGCAUGCAUAGAAAUUGUUAAAUCCAUGCUUGCGCAUAGAGAAGUUAAUGAAGUGAAAAAAGUACCGUUGUCAGCUGAUCCUGUUAAAAAACGUAUCAACGAUAUGUCGAGCAAUAUUUUAGGAAUACUAAUUGCAAAACUGAAAACGGCUCAGAAGUUUGCACUUCAAAUUGAUGAGACAACAGACAUUAAAAACCGAGCACAACUGAUAGCUAUUGUACAUUUCGUUGAUGAGGGCACCAUAACCAUAAAAGAACACUAUUUAUUUUGCAACCAGCUUCCAGAGCGAAUUACCGGCGAGGAAAUUUUCCGAGUAACAGAUGAUUUUUUCAAAACCUAUGAUAUUCCAUGGAGUAAUUUUAGUAGUAUUUGCACGGAUAGUGCUGCGGCAAUGAUGGACAAUAAAAAAGGUUUUAUUUCGUGCGUAAAACGGCAAAAUCCUAAUAUAGAAAUUACACACUGUUGCAUACAUCGCGAAGCAUUCAUGAUUAAGAACUUGCCAAUGGAACUAUUGCAAACGAUAAAUCAAUGCAUUACUAUCAUAAACAUUAUUAAAUCAAGAGCCCUAAAUUCGCGUAUUUUUAAACUAAUGUGUGCAGAAAUGGGAUCGGAUUAUGAAUCCCUAUUGUUUUACACUGAG